AUGACCAGCAGGGGGAGGAGCUGAGCUGGAGGCCGAGAUCGUUGUGUGUAUGGCAGUGUUUCCCAAGCAGGUGCAUAGAGAUAUAGCACAACUGCAAAUCCCAGCAUGUCCAGAUAGCUUUUGGCUGUCUAGGCAUGCUGGGAGCUGUACUUUUCAACAGCUGGAUGCACACUGCUUGGGGAACACUGCUGUACGAAGGCAGUGAAGGGGUCCAUGUACACACAGGACAAGCUUUGUAUGUCACAACAGAGCAGGAUUCUUCCAUUUGUCGAGCUGCAAUCCAUUCAGGAAAGCUGAAAAAGGAAGGAGAAAAAUUAUAUGUAAAAAAGAUGCCUGGACAGGAUGAAUAUGAAGGAUCUACCAGGAAUGGCGUAACGUCAUAUGAAUAUGAUGAGUGGCCAGAAUCAUUUACAUUCAUCAGCUCAGAAGAAGCCACAAUAUAUACUAUGGUAACUCCGCGCCCUCCAAAGCCUAAGCCAGCACCUAAAUUACCAGUUGCUGAAGCUGUAUGUUCCUCCUCGGCUGUCCAUCUACCUGCACAACUUACAGAAGUUGUAUGCCCUAGUGGAUGCAUGGAUGAGCAUGGAGGUGUAUGGGGAACCGGAACCUUCACUGAUGAUUCUUCCAUUUGUCAGGCUGCAAUUCAUGAUGGAAAGCUUCCUCCAGAAGGAGGCCGUGUGAUUGUGCAGAAAAGGCCUGGUGAAAAGCGAUAUUUAGCAUCUGCACAGAAUGGAAUAGAGUCACAUGAGUAUGAGGAAUGGUCAGGUUCUUUUGUAUUAAUAGCCCAUUCUCCUACACCACCUGUUAUAAAUCAACCUUCUUCAGGGAACCCAUCAGAAACAAGCCUACCUCCUGAAGCAAGCCCAUCUUAUGCAACAAACUCACCAUUUGCAGAAAACCAACCCUCUGGUGUAAAUCCACCUUCAGCAGUAAACCCACCAUCUGCAUUAAACCCACCAACAGCAUCAAAUCCACCAUCUUCAGUAAACCCACCACCUGCAGUAAAUCCAUCAACACCAUCAAACCCGCCAUCUGCAGUAAACCCACCAACAGCAUCAAACCCGCAGUCCACAGCAAAUGCUCAGAAUGGUGCAAAUCCACUGCCUCCUUUUAGUCCACCAAAUACUGGCAUUGUGUAUGAACCUCCAGCAGGACAGACAACAAACAAAAAUCUACCCGAAGUUCAAGCAUCAUGCUCAUUGACUGGACAGGAAGUGAAUGCAGAAGUCGCAAUCAUUAUUUGUCCUAAAAAUUGUCACAAACACCCUGCACAAGUCUGGGGAUCAGAAGUCUACUCAGAUGACUCUGCACUUUGUCUAGCCGCAAUUCAUGGUGGCUUUGUAGACACCGUUGGUGGAAAAGUGGUAAUGCAAAAGAAGCCAGGACAGAGCAGCUAUGACGAAUCCACAAAGAAUGGAAUAACAACUCAACGUAAAGGUUCUGCAUCUGGAUCAAUUAUACUGAGCCUUUCUUAUGAAUAUCAAACCACCACAUAUACAGAAUAUUCAUAUACAGUGCCACAGACAGGAAUGAAAUUGGAAUCUAAGCCAGUUUCCGUACAUUGUGCAAUGUCUGCAAAGGAGUUACCUGCACCUAUUACUAUCGUACUUUGCCCUGGUGGAUGUGAAAGUCAGAAGGAAAUGAUUUGGGGCACGGAUACUUAUGCACAGAAAUCUUCAAUAUGUGCAUCAGCUAUUCAUGCAGGAAGAAUACCAUUAACAGGGGGAACCACCCUGGUACAGAAGACACCAGCACAGAAAAAAUUUGUAUCAUCUACAAGAAAUGGAAUAACAUCACAAAGUCUGGAUGAGUCAUUUGAGACCUUUGUGUUCAGUACAUCAUUUGAUUUUCAAACCACAACAAACACAGAAACAUUAUUUAGUAUCCCAGAAUCAGAUAAUGAACAGGAGUUCGACCCAACAACAGUUAGAGGUAGUUGCACUUUAACAGGGAAGCAAUUACCUGCACCAAUUACUAUAGUGAUUUGUCCUCCUGAAUGUGUAAAAGGAGACGUAUGGGGAACUGAUAUCUUCACAGAUGAAUCUUCAGUCUGUACAGCUGCUAUACAUUCUGGAAUGAUCACACCUACAACUGGAGGACAGUUUAUUGUACAAAAGAAGCCUGGACUAAAUAGCUAUAUACAGUCCAAUAGAAAUGGAGUCACUUCAAAAAAUCAGGGGCCAUGGUCUGGAUCUUUUGUGUUGAGUCAAACAUAUGAAUAUUUAUCACUGAGGCAUAAAGACAACCCACAAGACUCUUUAGAAAAAGUUGAAGGAAACUGCGCCUUCACAGCCAUUCAACUACCCGCCCAAAUAACUCUCGUUAUUUGUCCUGCUGGUUGCCUCGCACAGAAGGAAAAUGUUUGGGGAUCUAAAACUUAUGCACAGGAGUCAUCUGUUUGCGCAGCUGGCAUUCAUGAUGGAAAAAUGCCUCCUGAAGGGGGUAAAUUGAUAGCACGUGUAAAACCAGGACUGGACAAUUAUGAAUCUUCAUCAAGAAAUGGAAUAACAUCAAAAAGUCAUGGUUCAUCAUCUGGAUCAUUUGAGUUCAUCUCUUUAAAUGAAUUCCAGAGCACUCUUUAUACCCAAACGUCUUACAAGCUACCACAGACAGCAGACUGGAAAUGGAACAUGAAUGCAGAAGCAGCAGGACCUCAACAGGUGCCAUUCAACAAAGAUAUAAAAUGGGAUGUCAACUCAGAUAUUAAAUGGGAUAUAAACUCCGGUGCAGACAUAACGUGGGAUCUAAAUUCACCAGAUAUGAAUUGGAAUGCUAAUUCACUAGGCGGAAUGAACUGGGAUGUAAACUCUGGAGCUGCAGGAAUGAAUUGGGAUAUAAACUCUGGAGCUGCAGGAAUGAAUUGGAAUAGUAAAUCACCAGGAAUGAAUUGGGAUAUCAAUUCUGGAGCAGGAAUGAAUUGGAAUAGUAAAUCACCAGGAGUGAAUUGGGAUAUCAAUUCUGGAGCAGGAAUGAAUUGGAAUAGUAAAUCACCAGGAGUGAAUUGGGAUAUCAAUUCUGGAGCAGAAAUUCAGUGGAAUACUAAGGCACCAGGACUAAACUGGGAUAUAAACUCUGAAGCAACGGGAAUGGACUGGGAUAUAAACUCUGCAGCUGCAGGAAUGAACUGGGAUAUAAACUCUGGAGCCACAGGAAUUCAGUGGAAUACUAAGGCACCAGGACUAAAGUGGGAUUUAAACUCUGGAGCAACAGGAAUGAAUUGGAAUACUAAUUCAUUAGGAGGAAUGAACUGGGAUGUAAACUCAGAAGCUGCAGGAAUGAACUGGGAUAUAAACUCUGGAGAAAAAGGAAUGAACUGGGAUAUAAACUCUGGAGCCACAGGAAUUCAGUGGAAUACUAAGGCACCAGGACUAAAGUGGGAUUUAAACUCUGGAGCAACAGGAAUGAAUUGGAAUACUAAUUCAUUAGGAGGAAUGAACUGGGAUGUAAACUCAGAAGCUGCAGGAAUGAACUGGGAUAUAAACUCUGGAGAAAAAGGAAUCAAUUGGAAGUCACCAAACGGAAUGAACUGGGAUAUAAACUCUGGAGCUACAGGAAUGAACUGGGAUGUAAACUCAGCAGCCAAAUUGCAGACGUCUAAACCACGACAAGGAUUUUUUUCCAAAUGGGGUUAAAAGAUCCACUUACUAGAGGUUAAAUUGCUUUAUACAAUGAAAUUACAAGACAAGACUGUUAAAGCUCUAAAAGCGUCUUAGAUAUGUAUCACAUUUGCUUUACUGUAAUGCUUUAUCUGCAUAUCUUCAAAUGCAGUAUAUGACAAAAUAAAAGCUUGCUCUU